CAGAACACCAACACAGAAAGAAGCAUUGUAUUUCACCAAGAUGGCUAUGAAAUGGACAUCAACCCUUCUGCUGCUUCAGCUGACUUGUUGCUUUAGCUUUGGGAGCUCUGGGAAGGUGCUGGUGUGGCCGACAGAAUACAGCCAUUGGAUUAAUAUGAAGAUAAUCCUGAAUGAACUUACCCAGAGGGGUCAUGAGGUGACGGUUCUGACAUCUUCAGCUUCCAUUCUUGUCAAUCCCAACGAAAAAUCCACUAUUAAAUUUGAAGUUUAUCCUACAGCUACAACUAAAGAUAACUUUGAGAUUCUUUUCAUGCAAAUGAUAAACAAAUGGAUAUAUGACAUUCCAAGAGAUACAUUCUUCGAAUAUUUUAAACAGGCGCAAGAAGUCCUUUGGGCUUAUUUUGGCCAUAUUCAAAAGUUAUGUAAAGAAGUAGUUUUGAAUACUAAGCUUAUGACAAAACUACAGGAAUCAAGAUAUGAUGUCAUUCUUGCAGAUCCUAUUGGUCCCUGUGGGGAGCUGCUGGCUGAGCUUCUUAAAAUACCCUUUGUGUACAGUCUCCGCUUCUCUUUUGGCAGCACAUGGGAAAAGUACAGUGGAGCUGUUCCGUUCCCUCCUUCCUAUGUACCUGUUGUAAUGUCAGAAUUAACUGAUCAAAUGACAUUUAUGGAGAGGGUCAAAAAUAUGAUAUAUGUGCUUUAUUUUGACUUUUGGUUCCAAUCACUUGAUGAGAAGAAUUGGGAUCAGUUUUACAGUGAAAUACUAGGAAGACCCACUACAUUAUCAGAGAUCAUGGGGAAAGCUGACAUAUGGCUUAUUCGAACCUACUGGGAUCUUGAAUUUCCUCGCCCACUCUUACCCAAUUUUGAUUUUGUUGGAGGACUCCACUGCAAACCUGCCAAACCCCUGCCUAAGGAAAUGGAAGACUUUGUCCAGAGCUCUGGAGAAAAUGGAGUGGUGGUGUUUUCUCUGGGGUCGAUAGUCAGUAACAUGACAGAAGACAGGGCCAACGUGAUUGCAUCAGCUCUUGCCCAGAUUCCCCAAAAGGUUGUAUGGAGAUUUGACGGCAAGAAACCAGCUACUUUAGGAUCCAACACUCGGCUGUACAAGUGGAUUCCCCAGAAUGACCUUCUUGGUCAUCCAAAAACCAAAGCUUUUAUAACUCAUUGUGGCACCAACGGCAUCUAUGAGGCCAUCUACCAUGGGAUCCCUAUGGUGGGAAUUCCUUUGUUUGGAGACCAACCUCAAAACAUUGCUCACCUGAAAGCCAAAGGAGUAGCUGUUAGAGUGGACUUUAACACCAUGUCAAGUACAGAUUUGCUCAAUGCAUUGAAGACAGUCAUUACUGAUCCUUCAUACAAAGAAAACGCAAUGAAGUUGUCAAGAAUUCAACACGACCAGCCAAUAAAGCCCCUGGAUCGGGCAGUCUUCUGGAUCGAGUUUGUCAUGCGCCACAAAGGGGCCAAGCACCUGCGGCCAGCUGCCCUAGACCUCAACUGGUUCCAGUACCACUCUCUGGAUGUGAUCGGGUUCCUGCUGGCAUGUGCAGCAACUGUGAUAUUCAUCAUCUUAAAAUGUUGUCUUUUUUGUUGCAGGCUGUUUACUAAAAAAGGAAAGAAGGAAAAAAGACAAUAAUUGCAUCUGAGGCCUGAAGCUGGGAUUCUGUAAUAAAUAGAUGGGAUUGUCUCAGGUCAUUCCCUCUAGAAGAGGGUUCAAUGUAAGAUUCUCCUCCUUCAAUGACAAAGCACCUUUGCACAAUUUACCUCCUCAAG